GGGAUCCACUCCGUGUUUUCCUCAACGCUUUUAACCACCUUAUCCGUAGCACUGUGUGAGUGUUUCUGUGAGGGAAGCCGACUCUUGUUUACAGCAGUGAUUCUACGAGUGGACACCGACAAGCCUACAUAAGGCAAGUCGUUGGAUUUCAGCUUGUACUUUGUGCUAAGGGAGUCUUUUAAGGAAAAAUAACAAUAACCAACUCUGGACGGCUUCUGGGAUAUAGGAAAUCUUCCUCCAGUCUGGCGAACACAUCAUCUGCUGGGAGAUCCAUUCUCUUGCGUGGCACAAUCAUUUUUUUCAGCUGCAAAUUCGGCGGACUGCAUUUACUGCAAGGAUAAGGCCACGGCUCCCCUCCAUGGAUUAGCCCAAAGGUUUUCAUUCAUUUUGUUUUUUUUAUUCCGGACACCACUCUGCGUGUUUCAGCGUGUUUUUCCAUUAAACUAACGUAUUUUCCCCGUAGAGACAUUUGCUCGGAAACAGUGAGCGGCAGUGAGGGAAUAUUCUGGUGUGCUCACAAACAUCGCCCUUUUACCACCAGGGCCGCAUUCUGCUGUGCUUCAAGAGAUGGAGACCGAGGAUGUGGAUUACCAUCUUGGAUCGAGUCAAAUCUGUGGCUUGUGUGCCCCACCGGCAGACGUCGAAUUGUUGUGUGCUGGGCAACAAUAACAAACUGUUUUAGUCGAUUUGUUCUCGUUCAUUUCCACCCAAAGGAAUUGGGUAUAUUGGAUGCUACUUAAGGAUUUGAAGGGCUGUAGUCUCCUACGACCUGUUUGGGCUCGAUCACACGUUGCUCUUAUUUUUAAGGCUAUACACGCCUAUGUACUGAAUGUUUCAACAGACUUCACGUCGUCGUUCGAGUGAUUUAAUUUUCUUUUGGAGCAGUGGCGAUUAAAUGAAAGAACCAGGAAUGAGAUCUCAAAGACGGAGGAGCAGCACGACCUUGUUUUGGGGUCUGAUGCUGUCUGUCUUGACUCUGCUCUGCGUUCGGCCAAGCUGUGGAGAGAUCUGCAGUCCCAGCAUCGACAUUCGUAAUGACAUCAGCGAGCUGAGGCGCCUGGAGAACUGCACCGUGGUGGAGGGCUACCUGCAGAUCCUCCUCAUCUCGGACAAGACCAGCACCCUCAACCAGGAGCUGCUGCGCUCCCUCAGCCUGCCCAAGCUGACCGUCAUCACGGACUACCUGCUUUUGUUCCGCGUGGCCGGCCUGGACAGCCUCAGCACGCUGUUCCCCAACCUCAGCGUCAUCCGGGGACGCAACCUCUUCUACAACUACGCCCUGGUCAUCUUCGAGAUGACCAGCCUGAAGGACAUCGGUCUGUACAACCUGAGGAACGUCACGCGCGGGGCCAUCCGUAUCGAGAAGAACCCUGAGCUGUGCUACCUGGACUCGGUGGACUGGUCCCUGAUCAUGGGCGCGGACGGCAACAACUUCAUCAGUGGGAAUAAGCAAUCCAAGGAGUGCGGAGACGUCUGCCCCGGCAUGAUGGAGGACAAGCCGCUGUGCGUGCGCACCCAGUUCAAGGAGAAGUCUGAUUACCGCUGCUGGACCUCCAACCAGUGUCAGAAAGUCUGCAGUCCCAGCAUCGACAUUCGUAAUGACAUCAGCGAGCUGAGGCGCCUGGAGAACUGCACCGUGGUGGAGGGCUACCUGCAGAUCCUCCUCAUCUCGGACAAGACCAGCACCCUCAACCAGGAGCUGCUGCGCUCCCUCAGCCUGCCCAAGCUGACCGUCAUCACAGACUACCUGCUUUUGUUCCGCGUGGCCGGCCUGGACAGCCUCAGCACGCUGUUCCCCAACCUCAGCGUCAUCCGGGGACGCAACCUCUUCUACAACUACGCCCUGGUCAUCUUCGAGAUGACCAGCCUGAAGGACAUCGGUCUGUACAACCUGAGGAACGUCACGCGCGGGGCCAUCCGUAUCGAGAAGAACCCUGAGCUGUGCUACCUGGACUCGGUGGACUGGUCCCUGAUCAUGGGCGCGGACGGCAACAACUUCAUCAGUGGGAAUAAGCAAUCCAAGGAGUGCGGAGACGUCUGCCCCGGCAUGAUGGAGGACAAGCCGCUGUGCGUGCGCACCCAGUUCAAGGAGAAGUCUGAUUACCGCUGCUGGACCUCCAACCAGUGUCAGAAAGUUUGCCCGGACACCUGCAAGCAGGCGUGUUCGGACCGGGGCGAGUGCUGCCACAGCCAGUGCCUGGGCAGCUGCUCGGAGCCGCACAGCGACGCGGCGUGCUCGGCCUGCCUGCACUACUACCACGAGGGCCGCUGCGUGGCCCAGUGCCCGCCCGGCACCUACAAGUUCGAGGGCUGGCGCUGCAUCACCAUGGACCUGUGCUCCCGCCUGCACCUGCCCCACGACAAUGCCUUCGUCAUCCACGCCGGGGAGUGCAUGACCGACUGUCCCCCCGGGUUUACACGCAACGAGACAAACGGCAUGCUCUGCAGCGCGUGUCAUGGCCUCUGCGACAAGACGUGCUCGUCCACCAUCAUCGACUCUGUGGACGCGGCCCAGGGCCUGUUGGGCUGCACCGUGAUCAAGGGCAACCUGCUGAUCAACAUCCGGCGAGGAAACAACAUAGCGUCUGAGCUGGAGAGCUUCAUGGGGCUGAUCCAGACGGUGACGGGCUACGUGAGGAUCCGCUACUCCCACACUCUGAGCUCGCUCUCCUUCCUCAAGAGCCUGCGCUACAUCAACGGGGAGGAGCUCAUGGACCAGAUGUAUUCCUUCUCGGCCAUCAACAACCAGAACCUGCAGUUCCUGUGGGACUGGUCCACGCACAACCUGACGGUGCGCGCCGGGCGGCUCUUCUUCCAGCUCAACCCCAAGCUCUGCAUGUCGGAGAUCCACAAGAUGUGGGAGAAGACCGGGGUGCCCGAGAAGCGCAAGGAAGGGGACGUCCGGAACAACGGCGACCGGGCCAGCUGUGAGAGCGAUACCUUGACGUUCAAGUCCAACACCACAACCAGCAACAGCAUCAAGCUGACCUGGGAGCGCUACAGACCUCUGGACUACACAGACCUCAUCAGCUUCAUCGUGUACUGCAAGGAGUCACCCCACCAGAACAUCACAGAGUUCGACGGUCAGGACGGCUGCGGCUCCAACAGCUGGAACAUGGUGGACGUGGACCUCCCCCCGGAUAAGGCAGCGGACCCCCAGGUCCAGCUGAAACUACUGAAGCCCUGGACCCAGUACGCCGUGUUCGUCAGAGCCAUCACCCUGCAGAGGGACGACAAGCACAUCAAGGGCGCCAAGAGCGACGUGGUCUACAUCCGCACCAGGCCGUCGCAGCCGUCGAUGCCCAAGGACCCGCGCGCCUUCGCCAACUCCUCCACCAAGCUGGUGGUGCGCUGGGCUCCGCCGGUGUCCCCCAACGGCAACCUGACCUUCUACCUGGUGCACUGGCAGCAGCAGCAGGAGGACCGCGAGCUCUACCUGCACAACUACUGCUCCAAAGAACUCAAGCUCCCCUUCCGCCGCUCGGCCACGGGCGUCACGGACCUGGACGAGAACUCCAAGCCCACCAAGUCGGACCUGUCCGGGGCGGAGAAGGGCCAGUGCUGCAUGUGUCCCAAGACGCCCGAGGAGAAGGGCCGGGAGCAGGACGACCGCGUCUUCCUCAAACACUUUGAGAACUUCCUCCACAACUCCAUCUUUCUGCCCAGACCCCCCGAUCGGAGGCGGCGAGACGUCUUCGGCGCGGCCAACGGCACGCUGUCGGGGGACAGCCCCGGCAAGGGCAACGCCUCCGCCUCCCCCGCGCCGGGCUCCGAGGGCGGCAACGGCACGGCGGGCCCUCCGCCGCCCCAGGACUUCCCCUUCUUCAACGCCCGCACCACGGUGGAGCACAUGGACGUCCAGGACCUGAAGCCCUUCACCGUCUACCGCAUGGACAUCCACGCCUGCAGCCAGGAGGUCCGCAGCUGCAGCGCCGCCGCCUUCGUCUACUCCAGGACCAAGCCCGCAGACAAAGCCGACGACAUCCCAGGACCGGUGGUCUACGAGCUGGACGAGAAGACGGAGGGCUGCGUGAUCCUCCACUGGCCCGAGCCCAGCAAACCCAACGGCCUCAUCCUCAUGUACGGGAUCAAGUUCCGCCUCGGGGCGGAGCCCGAGAAACACGAGUGCGUGUCGCGCCAGCAGUUCCACGAGCACCGGGGCGGCCGCCUCACCAACCUGGGCCCGGGGAACUACUCUGCCCGUGUGCGCGCCAUCUCUCUGGCGGGCAACGGCUCCUGGACCGAGACGGUCUACUUCUAUGUGGCCCCGCCCAAACGUGAGUACGAGGUGACCCUCUACCUGGCCGUCAUCGUCCCCAUCAUCGUGAUCAUCAUGAUCAUCGGCCUCCUUACCGCCCUCUUCUUCAUCAACAAGAAGAGAAACAGUGACCGGCUGGGAAACGGAGUCCUCUACGCCUCCGUCAACCCAGAGUACUUCAGCGCAGCUGAAAUGUACGUGCCAGACGAGUGGGAGGUGGCCCGGGAGAAGAUCACCAUGAACAAGGAACUGGGCCAGGGCUCGUUCGGCAUGGUGUACGAGGGCAUGGCCAAGGGCGUGGUGAAGGACGACCCCGAGACCCGCGUGGCCAUCAAGACGGUGAACGAGACGGCCAGCAUGCGGGAGCGCAUCGAGUUCCUGAACGAGGCCUCGGUGAUGAAGGAGUUCAACUGUCACCACGUGGUGCGGCUGCUGGGCGUGGUCUCGCAGGGACAGCCAACGCUAGUUAUCAUGGAGCUGAUGACCCGCGGGGACCUGAAGAGCCACCUGCGCUCACUGAGGAAGGAGAACUCCACCACCCAGGUGCUGCCCCCGCUGAAGAAGAUGAUCCAGAUGACCGGGGAGAUUGCUGACGGCAUGGCGUAUCUCAACGCCAACAAGUUUGUCCACCGGGAUCUGGCUGCUAGGAACUGCAUGGUGACGGAGGACUACACGGUGAAGAUCGGAGAUUUCGGCAUGACGCGGGACAUCUACGAGACGGACUACUACCGGAAAGGGGGCAAGGGGCUGCUUCCGGUCCGCUGGAUGUCUCCGGAGUCCCUCAAAGACGGCGUGUUCACCACCAUGUCCGACGUCUGGUCGUUUGGCGUGGUGUUGUGGGAGAUCGCCACCCUGGCGGAGCAGCCCUACCAGGGCCUGUCCAACGAACAAGUGCUGCGCUUCGUCAUGGACGGCAGCCUGCUGGAGAAACCCGACAACUGCCCCGACAUGCUGUUUGAGCUGAUGCGGAUGUGCUGGCAGUACAACCCCAAGAUGCGGCCGGCCUUCCUGGAGAUCAUCAGCAGCAUCACGGCGGACCUGGAGGGGCCCUUCAGGGAGAUGAGCUUCUUCUUCAGCGACGAGAACAAGCCCCCCGACACGGAGGAGCUGGACAUGGAGGUGGAGAACAUGGAGAACAUUCCCCUGGACCCCGUGUCCAGCCAGCGGCCCACGGCCGUCCCCACGCCCUCCGCCGCGUCGGCGGGGGCCACGGCGACCCCGCCGGCCGCGACCGCCUCCUCGGCCACCUCCCAGCUGCUGGCGCCGCUGCAGGGGCCCGGCACGCCGCUGCUGGGGGGCCCCGCGUCCCCAGCCACCUCGGCUUCGUCCUCCUCCGCGGCGGGGACGGGCGCGGGCGGGUCGUCGGCCUCGGCGUCCCCGGGGCCCCCCGCAGACAAGCACUCGGGACAGGCGGCGCCAGCGGCCAACGGGCCGGCGGCGCGGCUGCGGCCCGCCUUCGACGAGCUGCAGCCGUACGCGCACAUGAACGGCGGCCGCAAGAACGAGCGGACGCUACCGCUGCCCCAGUCCUCGGCCUGCUGAUACCCCACGCCGGAGACCCCGCCUCCAGGCUCCGCCUCUUAAACAGGGUUAAUGACACUCCUCCUCCCCCUCCUCCUCCCCCUCCUCCUCCUCCCCAGCCUCUCUGGAAGGAUUGGGGGAGAGAUGGGAGCAGAGCGUUCUUUCCCUUCUUCUGGGUCUUCCUCUCCUUGGACGUUCCCGUCCCCCCGCUGGAUGCGAGCAGAGCGACGUGUACCCCUGGAGACUGGAGCGCAGCAUGGGGGUCCGCAGCAGGGGGCGCUGUGGGAGGGCUGGGGUCUGUACCUGCUCAGCCUGCACUGUGCAGCGUUUGUUACAUAAGUCUUUAAACGAAAAAAUGGAUAAAUUAAAAAAAAAACUACCGGAAAUAACGCAGGCAUUUCACCUGGCUUACAGAUAUUGUAAGACACGAACACGAGAGAAUGAUUACAUAGCAUAUCUGCCAGCAAAUCCAACAGAAGAGCACUUUUUUCUGAUGAUUUUUAGAAAGGAUGUUGUGGAUAUUUCAGUGUGUAUUUAUACGAACACGUGACUCUCUCUACGGUAUAUAUCUCAAACUUUUUUUAAGUGACUUUCCAUUGAUAUAACAUUCAGUUAUUUUAUGAGCAUCUAAGGACUGCAGCUCGAACCAUUUGAGGAUGCCACAGAUCUAAACCCUGGACUAGGAUCCUGGGUUCUGUUUCCAGUCUAUAUUUCUAUGUGUGUGGAUCCUUUAGCAGCCGGUCCUAUUGGAUGCAGAGACGGCUGUCAUGUGUAUGCCAAACUUUUGCCAAAUCAACCUUUUUAUUUGUUUUUAUAUUUCAUUUAUUUGUUUUAAACAAGAUAAAUAUCUCCCAACACAAACACAAGGCUGCGGAUUAGAGAUGACCCAAGUUCAAUGGGAAUGGCAUUUGACGUUUGUUUGUUUGUUCAUAUCCUAUGAAUAUGAAUUCAUAUCCUGUCUUUGUACUGAAUACUCCCUGAGCAUCGAGGUAUUGGGCUUAUCUGGGGCUUUGUUUGAUAGGAUGGAUGCAAAAAUGAUUCCCAGUAUAUGUUCUGGGUCUGAAAUUAGUUAGCAAGCGUAUUUAUACUGGCAAUUUAGUUGUUAAUAGUUUGGUUAAUUAUUUCUAUAAUUAUUAAGUCACCAGUUGCCAAGUAAUGCAAAAUUAAGUAUUUGUUAAAAUAUACACAAAAAGGCAAAUAUUGUACAAAUGUAUGCAAUUUAUGAAUAGGACUACAAUUAGUCUGCAGUUGUUUAAUUUGCUGCUUGGUACAAUUUUAAUUAAUUUGGGCAUUCUGGUCGAGUUAUUUUGAGGAUCUCCGUUGCAUUUGGCACUGGUGUAUUACUUGUUUUAGAGAUAUGACACAAUGCAAAUCCAGUUAGUUAGAAUCAUUUACAGUAAACAGCAAGUUCUCACAGUUCACAGAAUCAAAGGCUGUCUUCUGCUCUUGAAUGGAUGAGUAAUGGAGUUUUUCUAGUUUUCCACAAAUACUUAGAGCUCAGUUCACCCAUCAAAGGGUGAAAAGGAAUGUAUCUGUUUUAUUGACACACUCAUCACCUGAGUCCAUGUAGUCUGUCAACCAUCAUUCUCACACUUAUGUUUUAAUGUAACAAGAAUAUGAUAUACAUUUUGUUUUUGUAUUUGUUUCAAUCAAUGUCUUGUUGUUCUUCUGCUGGUAGUCUUUAUUUGAUGUGGUAACAUCACUCACUGAAGUACUGUUGUUUGGACACAAUGGCACAAAAGCUGACUUCAAAGAGCCCAGAUAAAGAGCUGGGACAUUAAAACAAAGAGGUAUUGGUUUGGGUCGGAUCCCAGUAGCCUUGAGAACUUUGGAAUGCAAAAGGUCUCGUUGGGAGGCGUGGUUUGUCUCAAUACAUUUCAGAUGUAUGUGUAUAUAUAGGUCUUAGAGCUCUAUGUUAGACUGCAGGAUCCAUUUUAUACAUAUAAACAGUCGGUCACUUUUUAAAGAAAACCUUUUUACAGUUCAGAUGUUCACGUCUAUGUCUGUACAGAACAAAGCUGCUAUUUUAUCCCUUUUUUUCUCUUGGAUGCGAUAUAUAUACAUAUUAUAGAAAUCUAUAUAUAUAUAUAUAAAGAAAUCCUUCAGGUUUGAUAUUUUACGGUCUUCACUGCAGUCCAUUUCUUAAACUUUCACUAUGUCUAAAAAUGAAAAAUCAUAAAAAAAAGAUUAUUUUAGAUACUUUUUAUUUUCCGACCCCCCAAGAUCUCUUCCCUAACACUACAUUUUGUUCUAUGCCUUUUAUUUUCUAUAAAGUUUUUUUUAAUUAUUUUUUUUAUUUUUUGGAAUUAUUUGAUUUAAUUAUUAUUAUUAUUACUAUUAUUAUUAUUAAUGUUAUCAUUAUUUUGAAUGGACACCUUAGCUCAACGUUUGAGGGUGUACUUUCUGCACCCUUGUUUUUCUACUUUUGUGUCUAGCACUGCACCUAGGACUGCCUCUAGGUUGCGUCUCAAUCUCAGGUCCAAUUAAAGAGCUUUGCUUUCUCCACACACCCUCUCAUGAUUGUCCUCCAAUCAUCUCCUCUCUCGGCUGCCCCUCCCCUCUGCCUCCACCCUGCUAUGGCUUUGUGGAUUCCAAUAGUGCCCGCUCCCUUCUCCACCCCUCCCUCCUCCCUCUUCCUCUCCUCCCUCCUUCCCCCCUCCCUCC